GCCACUAAUAAAAAAAUUAAAAUGGCGGAUUGAAAGAUCGUCUGUCAAAUUCACGUAAACAUUAAAUUAGUUUUAUUUAAAUUAAAUUCCACUAAUUACGAUGUAAUUUAUUAACGUAAUUAUUUGUAAACGAUGGCACAAGGUGUUCUCAGCUCCGAUAUUUCGAGGAGGAAUCCUCAAGACGAAUACGAGCUGAUACAAAGAAUUGGGAGUGGAACUUAUGGUGAUGUAUACAAGGCGAAACGAUUGUCCACCAACGACCUGGCAGCGAUUAAGGUGAUUAAAUUGGAGCCGGGCGACGAUUUCGGCACGAUACAGCAGGAAAUUCUAAUGAUGAAAGACUGUCGGCAUUCUAACAUAAUCGCUUAUUACGGAAGCUAUUUACGAAGGGACAAGCUGUGGAUUUGCAUGGAGUACUGUGGCGGGGGAUCUUUGCAGGAUAUCUAUCAUAUUACCGGUCCGCUGACUGAGCUGCAGAUCGCGUACAUGUGUCGCGAGACGCUGAUGGGGCUGAUGUACCUGCACACGAUGGGAAAGAUGCACCGGGACAUCAAAGGCGCGAACAUUCUACUCACGGAGACGGGGGACGUGAAAUUGGCCGAUUUCGGCGUGUCGGCCCAGAUCACCGCAACGAUCAAUAAACGAAAAUCGUUCAUCGGCACUCCCUACUGGAUGGCGCCCGAAGUGGCGGCCGUCGAGAGAAAGGGCGGCUAUAAUCAGCUGUGCGACAUAUGGGCGAUCGGGAUUACCGCGAUCGAGCUGGCUGAACUCCAACCGCCCAUGUUCGACCUGCAUCCGAUGCGCGCCCUGUUUUUAAUGUCGAAGAGCGGUUUUAAGCCGCCGACGCUGAAGGACAAGGACAAGUGGAGUCCGACGUUUCACAAUUUCGUUAAGGUCGCGCUUACGAAGAAUCCGAAGAAGCGGCCCACCGCUGAGAAAUUGUUACAGCACGCGUUUUUCCAAGGAGACAUGCAUCGUCGUCUCGUGCUCGAACUGUUACAGAAAGUGAGCAAUCCCUCGCACAUGUUUACGGAUUUGGAGCCGGACGAGGACGGGUCGGUUCCGAAUGUACCGCAGCGUAUCGCGUCACGACUGACCUCCCGUCCGAAAAUGCGACAUGUCACGCAUUCAUCGGACGAUAUUGAAAGUAUCGACGAAGCGAAUAAUACUCUGCAGAGGGCGGUAGGUCCCUCCAACGAUGGCGUUGGUGACCAGUCGAAGGUCUGGGACAUAAUGGACAUUAUGAACAACGUGACGACCGUUCACAAUUGCGCCGAGCACAAGAAUCAAAAGUGCGGGAUCGGCAACGCUUUCGACUCGUUAAAUCGAGAAAAUUCGGAAAGGCGUGCCAUGACGGGGACGCAAAUUUUGAAAAUGUCGCUAAGGAGUCUGUUGCAGUACAUAGACGAAGAGUUAUUGUUGAGGGGAGCUUACAAAUACCAACCUUCGGACUCCUACACGCAGCAGGCGACGCUACCGGUCCAGGACGUCGAGUCGAACAUACGCACGACGUGCGACGUACAUACCAUUCCGUCUAGCCCCACGAAUAGUGAUAGCGCCAUAAAUGGAUCUCCGCGAAGGCACUCGUCCGUCGACGAGAUAUUUGGACUAGUCAAUUCGAUGAACAUCGCCGGACAGCGGCAGCGAUCUCUUAGCGAUAGCGGACGAAACGGGAGGAAUUUGAAUGGAACCGACGAGAGCAGUAAUCAUGACAGUAGCGCCCCCGAUUUGGUCGCCUGUCCGCCGGUUCCGCCGAUGAGGAAGCAUCGUAGGCGGCAUACGCCACCGAGACCGCCUAGCAACGGUCUGCCGCCCACGCCUAAAGUACACAUGGGGGCUUGUUUUUCAAAGGUAUUUAACGGUUGUCCACUACGGAUUCAUUGUACCGCAUCAUGGAUUCAUCCGGACACCAGAGAUCAGCACAUACUGCUCGGAGCGGAGGAGGGAAUUUACAAUUUAAAUCUAAACGAACUGCACGAAACGUGCAUAGAUCAAUUGUACAACAGACGAACGGUUUGGAUGUAUGUCAUUAAGGAUGUACUUAUGACGCUUACGGGUAAAACGCCACACCUUUACAGACACGACCUUUUAGCAUUACAAAAUAAACAAUCUCACAGGUUUAGCUUGCACAUGAACAGAAUACCCGAACGGUUCGUACCGCGCAAAUUCGCACUGACUACACGUGUACCUGACACUCGAGGGACGAUACGCUGUUGCGUAUCGAGGAAUCCCUACAACGGUUAUAAGUAUUUAUGUGGCGCCACGCCCACCGGCAUCUACCUAAUGCAGUGGUACGACCCCCUCAACAAGUUCAUGCUACUCAAGCACGUCGAAUGCAGCCUGCCGAAUCCUCUGAACGUGUUCGAGAUGAUAAUCACGCCCGAGCUCGAGUACCCCGUCGUCUGCGUCUCCGUCAAGCAGGCCUAUCAGCCGAACAGGUACAAGCUCGACUUAAUCAACAUGAAUUCGGGCUCCAGCUGGUUUCACUCCGACGAGCUGCAGGACAUGGACGGCACGGCGACGGUGAUACCGAAACGGGAAAAUCUGAACGUCGUCGACGUCACGCAGCUGGAGAAGGACGCGAUUUUGAUUUGCUACGACAAUCUGGUUAAGAUCGUGACGCCGCAGGGGCGCGUUCGGAACGCGAAGAAGCAAAUUUCGGAGCUGAAGUUCGAUUUUAGAAUUGAGAGUAUCGUAUGUCUACCCGACAGUGUGCUUGCCUUCCACAAGCACGGCGUGCUGGGCCGUUCGUUUAAGAACGGCGACAUCACGCAGGACGUGAUCGACCAGUCGAGGACUUACAAGCUGCUGGGAUCGGAUAAGGUGCUCGUGCUGGAGAGCAACCUGGUGCAUUCCGGCACGCUGACCGCCGAGGAGGGGCACGACUUGUACAUUUUAGCGGGACACGAAGCUAGUUACUGAGCGCGCGAACGAAUCAAAACGCUCGGAAUCAAAUUCCUUGUAGAAAGUUAGGUUAAGGUAACUUAUUUUAGUGGGUAAGUUUACUGUAACACCACGAAUACAGAGAUCGAGUCUACAAUAUGUGCAAAUAUACCUCAUCAAAAAAAAAGUAUGUAUAGAUAGGAGCUAGCGAAGAGAGAACAUCUAAUUAAAAAGUCGUAGUUGAAUAUUUUUUUUAAUAAUAAUGAAAUAUAAUCAAAAAUAUAUUGCUGUUAAUGAAGCACAGAAGAAUGUCUUGAUGAAGAAUAUUUUUUGUAAA